AACUCGAUAAUGGCUUCUUCAACCCACGCUCUCUUCAUCCCGUACCCGGCGCAGGGUCACGUCCUUCCACUGCUGGAGCUCGCGUACCGCUUCGCCGACCAUGGGUUCGCCGUCACUUUCGUCAACACGGACCACAUCCACGGCCAGCUAGUAGCGGCGUCGCCAGAUCUGGUGGCAGGACAAGGUGGAGCUCAACCUGAACCAGGCCAGGUGCACUUCGUCUCCGUCUCCGACGGCUUCCCAGCAGACGGUGACCGUAACGACCUCGGCACGCUAACCAGCGCGCUGAUGUGCUCCCUGCCGGCGGCUGUCGAGCGCAUGGUGGAAAACGGCCAGUUCUGCUGCGUGGUCGUUGACUAUGGCCUGACGUGGGUUCUCGGCAUUGCCAAGAAGGCCGGCAUGCGCACGGCGACGCACUGGCCGUCGUGCGCCGCCGUGAUGGCAGCGGGGUUAGACUUGCCAGUGCUGAUCGCUGAUGGCAUGCUCGACAAGGAUGGUAGGUACAAGGUACUAUAG